AUGAUAAUAUUUACCAAAAAUGCUGGCUUCAGAUAUCUGCAAUUAACGAGAAUAUAUAAAUCGUAUAAUAGGUUAAUCCUAAAGACUUUAACUACUUAUUCCUUAAGGAGAUGCUUAUAUACUAAUAAGAAUAGAUACAAUAACAGUGUCCUAACAACAAAAAAAUAUGAGUUGUGCUGUCUACACAAUAAAAAAAACUAUUCUCAGAAUUCAAAAAUUAAAGAUAAUACAUCAUAUGCACGUGAUGAGAAAGAUGUUUUUGAAAAACCCAAACUGUUUAUUACGAAUCAUAUUGCAACUCAACUUGGAAUUGAUACUAGCUUAGUACAUGAUGCAAUUGAUAUACCUAAAAAGACGACAUUAGGUGAUUUAAUUUUACCAUUGCCCAAGUUACGACUAAUAGGUACAAACUACACAGAACUUGGAAAAAAACUGGUUAACACUAUUCCUAGUUCUAAAUAUAUUAAAACGAUUGUUGCUCAUAACGCAUUCAUUCAAAUAUUUCUUAAUCCACUAUAUAUAUACCAAACACUUCUACCAAAAGUAUUGACUGAAAAAGAAAAUUUUGGGAGAUAUAAUGAAGGUAAAGGUAAGAAAGUAAUUAUCGAAUUUUCGUCCCCAAAUAUUGCAAAGCCCUUUCAUGCUGGCCAUUUAAGGUCGACAAUUAUAGGUGGAUUUUUAUCAAAUUUGUAUGAUACAAUGGGUUGGUCAGUUACAAAAUUAAACUAUUUAGGAGAUUGGGGAAAACAAUUUGGCUUAUUAGCCGUUGGAUUUGAAAAAUACGGAGUUAAAGAAGAUUUUUUAAAGGACCCUAUUAAUCAUUUGUUCGAGAUAUACGUCAAAAUAAGCCAAGAUAUUGCAAGAGAAAAUGAUCUCCCAGACAUUCACCGUAAAACUGAUCGGGAGGCCAAACAGUUUUUUGAAAGAAUGGAAAAUGGAGAUGAAGAAGCUCUGGAUAUCUGGAGGAACUUUCGGUCAUUAUCUAUUGAUAAAUAUAUUGAAACUUAUUCUCGUUUGAAUAUUGAAUAUGAUAGUUAUUGCGGGGAAUCAAAGGUGCCUAAGAAAACAAUAGAAUACGUAAUCAAUAGAUUAAAAGAGGAUCAUUUAUUGAAAAAAAAAGAUGGCGCCAUGGUGGUUAACUUAACUACUAUAGAGGAGGACUUAGGUCUAGCGAUCUUACAAAAGUCGGACAAAACCUCAAUAUAUCUUUCUAGGGAUAUAGGUGAAGCACUUGAGAGGUAUAAUAAAUACAAGUUUGAUAAAAUGAUCUAUGUAGUUGCAUGCCAACAAGACUUUUAUUUUCGACAAUUACUUGCAACGUUAAAGCUCAUGAACUUUGAUUGGGUCAACAAAUUAGAACAUAUUUCAUUUGGAAUGGUGAAAGGUAUGUCAACCAGAAAAGGUAAAGUGGUGUUCCUAGAUACUAUUCUAAAUGAAGCUCAAGAAAAAAUGUAUGCUCAAAUGAUAAAGGACCAGGACAAAUUAAAACAAAUUAAAAAUCCAAAGGAAACUGCAGAUAAAGUUGGAAUUUCUGGGGUAAUGAUACAGGAUAUGCAAUCUAAAAGGGCGACUAAUUAUGAAUUUUCCUGGAAUAGAAUGCUUUCAUUCGAAGGUGAUACAGGCCCAUAUUUACAGUAUUCACAUUGCAGACUUAAGUCUAUUGAAGAUAAAAAUCAAGUGUAUAUGAGAAAUAUUUUGACUAACCUUGAUUUUUCAUUAUUAGAUGAUAAAGAAGCAAUCGAAUUAGUAAGAAUAAUGGCACAAUACCCAACAGUAUUAUCUAAGGCAUUAGAAAAUUCAGAACCAUCUACGGUGGUAUUAUAUUUGUUUCGUUUGACUCAUCAAAUAUCCAGUUGUUAUAAAACACUUUGGGUGGAUAAUGAAGAGAAAAGAAUUGCCAAAGCAAGAUUAGCUUUAUAUUCUUCUGCAAGGCAUAUCUUGCAUAAUGGUUUAAGAAUUUUAGGAAUAACGCCUAUAGACAGAAUGUAA